GCCUCACGUGCUUCCGGUGCGAGCCCAAAAAGUGGGGCCGAGGGAUUUUUUAGGGAGAGUUUCUUGCAAAGACCGGAGCUGUCAGAGAUUUGCCUUUUUAUUUUGGGGCCAAAAAAAAAAAAUUAAGGGAAAAAAAAAAAAAAGAAAAAAAAGAAAAAGCGCCCCCCCCCCCUCCUCCUCCCGGAGCCCGAGCACGCUGGCGGGGAAGGGCUCGGGCAGAGAGCGGCGGACACCGGGGCAGCGCGGAGCCGCCGCGGGGAGAUGGGCAGAUUUUGAGUCCUUUCUUUUAUUAUUUAUUAAUAUUUUUUUUUUCGGGGGGCGGGUUUUUGGGGGGCCGCUGUGUGGCUGCACGCGGUUUUGGUGCUUUUUUUUUUUUUUUUUUUUUUUUUUUUUUGGUGAUGGAAAUAUAAGCUGAUCGGGAGAAAGGGGGGAAGAAGCCCUCGAGUGGCUCUCCCGGUUUUGGAUCCAUCCGUGCGAGGGGGAGAAAAAAAAAAUCUCAGCUCCAGCCCAACAAGUGGAUUUUAUUCUUUUUUUUUUUUUUUCCUCUCUUUUAUUUUUUUUUAAUUUUUGCCUUCUUUUUUUUUUUUUUUUUUUUUGAAAUUUUAAAAAUUUUUUUCCCCACCCCACCACCCACCCGCGAAGUGGGGUGGGCGUAAAGCGGGUGGGUGGGGGGGAGGGUGGGGGGGGCAAAAAGGCGGCGAGCUCCGUGGCGGGGGCUGAGGAUGGAAGAGCCGCCGGAGGGGCACGGCCACCGAGACGCGGCGCCGCCCGGCCCGGCGAGCAGCGGCAGCGGCAGCGAUGGCGAGAGCUUGCCCGUGUCCCCCAGCCCCGCGCCCGCCUCCCCCGCCGCCCCCUGCCCCUUGCCCCUUCCCCGCCGCCGCCCCCCGCCGCCUCCCCCGCCGCCCCCUCAGCGCACCACCAACUUUUUCAUCGACAACAUCCUGAGGCCGGACUUCGGCUGCAAGAAGGAGCCUCCCGCUCCGACCGGCGGCUGCGGCAGCGGCGGCGGCGGCGGAGGAGGAGGAGGAGGAGGAGGAGGAGGAGGAGGAAGCAGCAGCAGCAGCCGGGAGCGGGAUGGAGACCGAGGGCAGAGCUCAGGUAGAGAAAACAUCAACCCGCUGCUGGCCCGGCCGCCCAACCCGCCGGCCCUCCUGUGCCCGGACUCGAACUGCGGGCCCGACGGCUCCCCGGCCGCGCCGCCCGCCGCCGCCGCCGCUUCCAAAGCCAGCCCCGGCGCGGCGGGGGUGGCGGCGUCGGGGGCGGCCAAGCCCCCCGGCGAAGGGGGCGACACUCACCCGGCCAAGUACGGGGAGCACGGCAGCCCCGCCAUCCUCCUCAUGGGCUCUAAUAAUGGAGGACCUGUUAUAAAGCCCGACUCGCAACAGCCGCUGGUGUGGCCUGCCUGGGUCUACUGCACUAGGUAUUCAGACAGACCGUCCUCGGGCCCCCGCACCAGGAAGCUGAAGAAGAAGAAGACGGAGAAGGAGGACAAGCGGCCGCGGACGGCGUUCACGGCCGAGCAGCUGCAGCGGCUGAAGGCGGAGUUCCAGGCCAACCGGUACAUCACGGAGCAGCGGCGGCAGAGCCUGGCCCAGGAGCUGAGCCUCAACGAGUCCCAGAUCAAGAUCUGGUUCCAGAACAAGCGCGCCAAGAUCAAGAAGGCGACGGGCAUCAAGAACGGGCUGGCGCUGCACCUCAUGGCCCAGGGACUCUACAACCACUCCACCACCACCGUGCAGGACAAAGAGGAGAGCGAGUGAGGACAGCCCUAGCCACGGACAGGUGCUAUUUAAAAGCAGAUCUAUUGUCUAUCCAUAGUAUAAGGACUCCACUUAAGAAAAAAAAAUAUGAACGCUUACAAAAAAAAAAAAUUAUCUCUAUAUAGCCAAACAGCAUAUGACCUUGUAUAUAUUUAAUUUCAGGUAAGAAAUAUGUGUAGCGAUCUCUAUUUGCUGGACAGUUUCUCUCUCCCCUUCUCUCUCUCUCUUCCUCUCUCUUUUGUUCGUUUGUUCGUUUUGUUUGCUUUCCUUUUUUCUUUUCCGAUGUCCGUUGCUCUUGCUUUACAGUAAAUGUCCGACUUUCCUGAUCUUUCGUUCGAUCUUAUUUUUUGUUUGUGUGUGUGUGAAUUUCUGUCUCUCUUUUUAUUUUUUUUUCCCGAGGAAAAAAAAAAAAUCUGAUCCACAGACUGCGAGACUGAACCCGCCGCUACAAGCCAAAGAUUUUAUUAUGUUCAGAAAUCUGUAGUCUGAAAUAAAGUGUAGACUGUGUUCAGGA